AUGUCUCAGUAUAUUGGUAAGACAAUUUCUUUGAUUUCCGUGACGGAUAAUAGAUACGUUGGUUUAUUGGAAAAUAUUGAUUCCGAAAAAGGUACGGUCACUUUAAGAGACGUUCGCUGCUUUGGAACUGAAGGACGUAAAAACUGGGGUCCUGAUGAAAUUUAUCCAAACCCAACUGUUUAUCAAAGUGUGAAGUUCAACGGUAACGAUGUUAAAGAUUUGAACAUCUUAGAAGUAAGACUUGAGGACGUACAACCAGUACUACAUCCAAAUGCUAUGGCACAGCAACAACAACAAGUCCAAGCUCCUAUGAAAUCACAACCACAGCAAGUAAUGCCUGCAUCUCAACAAGUACCACCAACACAAACACUACACCCAGCACAUGAUGCUGCUCAAACUGAAACAUCACCACGUAUUGUUCAGACUAAUCUUCCAGAAAGUCGUCCACAACAAGAUAUUCCAGCUGCUGUUGCUGGUUAUGGAGUUUAUGCACCAUCAGAUAAUGCCGCUCCAUUAGCUUCCAAGGAUGUUAACUCGACGGAAGCCAAGGAAUCUUCUGAUAAUACUCGCUUCAAGAAUGAGAGAACACAACGCAAACCACGUCGUCAAUCUCAUACUAAGAAAAUUGAAAUUCCAAGUAACGAUUUUGAUUUUGAAACGAAUAACGCCAAAUUUGCCAGGGAAGCACCUGAAAUUGCUAACGAACAAGUUCAACAACCUCAUGAGACUAACAACGAAAACAAUAUGGAAGCGCAGAAUGAUAGUUUCUACAACAAGAAAUCUUCAUUUUUUGAUACAAUAUCUACAUCUGCUGAAAUGAACACAAAUAUGAGAUGGCAGGAGGAGAAAGCCCUAAAUAUGGACACCUUUGGCCAAUCUUCUGCCAGACCAAGAUUCCACUCAGGUAGAGACAAUAGAGGCGGAAGGGGUAGAGGUAGAGGCGGUUACAGAGGCAACUACAGAGGCAAUAGAGGCAAUUAUAGAGGCAACAGAGGCGGAUACCAUGACAAAAGAUCACAAGAGGGAGAAGGCAAUCAGGCCAGCUUCCAACAAGGAUCUUCAAAUAUUGAAUUUUAA